AUGAGUAUCGGCAAGCAUGGCAACCAGAUCAAUGUGAUCGAUUUCGGACUGGCCAAAAGGUACCGUGACCUGAGGACUUACUCUUAUAUUCCCUACCGUGAGAGCAAGAACCUUACAUGUACUCCUCGUUACGCUAGUAUUAACAACCACCUGGGUUUCGAGCAGUUACACCGUGAUAAUAUGGAGUCGCUCGGCUAUGUGAUACUCUACUUCUGCCGUGGCUCCCUGCCUUGGAAGGGCCUCAAGGCUGCUACCACGAAGCAGAAGUUGACCACAUUAUGCAGAAAAAGGUAA